CUUGAAAGAGGAGUUACUCUUAGAAAGAUUAGCAGGAGUCAAAUGAUUGGAGAGUAAAUUAAGAAAGGUGAGAAUCCUGUUACAUAUGGAGGGAAUACAAGCUUUACAAAGUGAAAUUAAUGAGAAAACACAUAAACUUGUAUAAAUAUAAAUUAAAUGAUCAGUGAAUUCAAAAUUAUCUCAUCAUAUAAAACUCUAGAGCUUCUACGGAUGAGUAUGUGGAGGGAGUUGACAUUAUAUACUUUGAACAAUGAUACCUAAGAACAAGUCCAAGGUGGGGGCAUGCAUGGCGAUGGUGACACUCUUCUUUUUAUUUCCUUUGCCAAUUGCAUGCAUUAACUCUCUCCCCCCAACCAAUUUUUCAGAUAAGAUAUGAAAUUCAAAGCCAUCUUCAACUAUAGUCUCUAUUUCUUUCUCUCUCUAUAUAAGCUCACUUUCAUUGAUUCUACUUCUCAUCCCCAUUCAAAGAAUUAUAAAUUUCAUAAUAGCACAACGUAAUCUAGUAAUGGCUUGCAAGCUUUUCUUUCUAAUGCUCCUUGGCGUCUUCUUUUGCGCCACUGGAGCUCGAAAGCUUGCCCAUGAUCCUUUAAAAGAUGAGAAGUUUUUCCACGGUGGUGGAUUAGGUGGUGGAGGCGGUGGCGGGCUUGGUGGAGGUGGAGGUGCAGGAGGUGGUUUUGGUGGAGGAUCUGGAUUUGGUGGGGGGUCUGGAUUUGGUGGGGGUGCUGGUGGUGGGUAUGGUGGUGGUGGAGGGUUAGGAGGUGGAUCCGGUGGAGGGUUUGGUUCAGGUGGUGGAUUUGGUGGAGGUUAUGGUAGUGGAGGGGGUGGAGGGUUUGGUGGCGGCAGUGGUGGGGGUGGUGGACUUGGUGGAGGAUACGGUGGAGGUGUUGGGAGUGGUGGUGGGUUUGGAGAAUUUCCUUGAGAAAAAUUAAACAAAGCACGUUUGCAUACUAUAAACAUAUAUGACGACUACUAUAUAUUUGUAUAAUGUGUUUCUUUAAACCAAUGCUAGAGUGGAAAAAUCGAACCUUCAACUUUAAAGUUGUAGUACCAACUUAUGUUAGUUGAACUAUGUUCAUAUUAGCUCUACAAUGUGUGACUGUGUAUGUUUGCGUACAUGUAUGAUGAUGAGAGUUUAACGAGGAGCAAGUGUAUCUCAACUCUCUUUGUAAGUUUGUUUUCCUACCAGCAGUAUACAAAGUAUUUUAAAGACAAUCAAAUCUACUAUAUAUAUAUAUAUUCCAUACUUGGUUGCAAGAAGCUUUUAAUAAUGCUAUCUCGAGCAUUUCAUUUGAUAAUUAUUUUGUUUUUAUUGGUAAGACAAAUUUUUUUCUUAUACUUGUAGUCAUUGUCUCCUCCUCCUCUUGCUUUUGCUUUUCCCCCUCUUCCUUUGUUGAAAAUACAGAUCAAAUCCUACAUUUUGAUUAAAUAAGAGAAUGAUCAUGAGUUUAUAAGAAGGGACAACUAUCUCUAAUGAUAUUAGAUAUUUUUGGAUGAAAUCAAAAGCAAAGCCAAUGAAUAUGUGUAUAGCUAAAGUUGACAAUAUCAUACCACAAUAGAGAUAUUUGGAGAUUUGAUGUCCUUAACAAAUUGGUAUUGUCAGAGUAGAUCUUGAUGUAACCGUGUAAAUUUUAGGUGUUGAACAAGAUGUAGUCACAACCUCCGUCUGUGAUUGAGCCUUUAGAUUGAUAGCGAGCUCAAGAGUAAUUCAGAUUGGAUGACUAAUCCAUGGUUGCGGAGUGGUUGAGUUUUUUGUGCACUCAAGUCCAAUUUGAAGCUGAAACUCUUGGUGCAUUAAUAGUACUUCUAAAAAUGUGUUACUAUUGAUUGUUUUAUGACUUUUUAUUAGAUGAUAUAUCAUUAAAUUUACCUUUA